CGAAAAACAAAAAACUUACACCUCAAGAAAUGGAAGGCAGUACAUUUACUAUUUCUAAUUUAGGGAUGUUUGGAAUUGAAAGUUUUACUUCUAUUAUCAAUCAGCCAAAUUCUGCUAUUUUAUCGGUUGGUGCUAUUGUUGAAAAACCUGUAGUAAAAAAUGGUCAAGUAGUAGUAGGGAAUACUAUGAAAUUAACCAUGGCUUGCGAUCAUAGAACUGUUGAUGGUGCCACGGGAGCAGAAUUUCUUUUAACAUUAAAAGGCUAUAUUGAGAAUCCUAUUACGAUGUUGGUGUAA